AUGCAAAGUUUUAUGAAUCCACCUAACAUGGAGAACCGUUAUCAAACUUUCCUUUGCCUCGUUAAUCCAACGUAUAUUGCCAACAAUCCAACAUUAUCUGCACAGAUCAAGUCCAUCACUGCCGAUGUUCUCCGUGCCACCAGAAACAUGUCAUUCCUCGAGCUUGAACGGGACAGGGAUUGCCUGGCUAUGGAAGUUCGCAAUCUUACGAGGAAAAAUGAUCACCUUCAAGACACCAUAUUCUCAGUUCUCAAUUCUCAACCACUUACCAGUACCUCCCACUCACCAAUGCUCUUGACCCACUCAACGUUGGACUCAGCCAUAUCCACCCCAUCGUGUGCCAACACUGACAUCACUGCCAGGAAUUCAAAUCGACCCAUGCGUGAGGACUGCAACGUGGACUGGUGGGACUGUCCUCCAGCCAAAGACCCCGAGGCCUUCAGCCAUGUCAAGGUCAAGAACGGCAAAGGUGUUUUCGCCUGGAUGCAAGAAUCGGACAGACAGCACAUCACAUACGAGAAGAUGAAGAAGUGUUACGGGGAUCACCGCAUGUUCUGGAACAGUCAAGACACCAAGAACUUACUGAAAAACUUUUCCAACAUCCGCUAUGAACAGCGGGAUGCGGUCGUCGAGUUUUUGGAGAGCCGAAAUACUGGGACUGAAGAGGGUAAGGAAGAGGAAGAUGGGUCGGAUGAAGGUGAAGAGAGGAAGAAGAACUCGAAGUAUCCACAAGACAAGAGGAAAUGUCGAAGCAACAACACUUCCCUUUCUAUAGAUGACGUCUCCAACUCCGAUGCUGACUCUGGGAACGGCUCUGGGAAUGAAAAUGUAUCGCUGCCAUCAAAGAAACAGAAGUCAGACAAAGAUUCAAAAGGGAAAGGAAAUGAAUUAAUGAUCAUGAAUGGGAAAAUUAGCUCCAACAAGGUUCUGGAUGUUGACGAGCCUUUCAGACGGCUCACAUCUGUAACCAACAUGGACAUGCUAGCUCAACAAGCCCCGUCCACAUUGAAGUUACUGCUCAUUGAAUCAACUGGAAGCCUUCUGGCAACCUCAACAGCCACAACACUACGCACCACUCUACCAGUCGCCGACACUGACGUUCAAUCCCCUACCACUUCUGAUGUCAUCACUACCCCCAAUCUAUCCACUCAGAAGCCUCUGCCUUCAUAUCCGCUCAUCAAAGAAUUCACCCGCAAAGCCAAGGCUCUUCCCAAAUCGAUUCCAACUGCACCGAAGGCCCACCCAUUAGCCCAAUAUGCCAGCUAUGCCGAGCAACCCCAAAAUCUGACCAAGGACAUUCCCGACGAGGAGCUUUGGAAGGAAUUUGACACUGGCCUGACAAACCUCAUACCGAAUGGAGCUGUCGAGAGUAGAACACACCUUGUUGUGCGUGGCAAGUACAGACUUUCUGGCCUUGUAGGGUUAGUACGACACCUUGCAUACGACCGUCAAAUGGAUUGCAUAGUGUUGGAGCCGAAGCUCGAGCACCUUAUCCAGGCUAUUGACGUGGUUACUGCUGCCGCCAAUGCCAAGCAAUCUAUCAAGGCAGCAACAGCCACAACGGUACGAAAGAAGAAGGCACUUCAGAUUCCGACCAAUAUGAUAUCCCCCAAAUGGCUGUACGCAGCAGAUUGGCAGAACUUACCUGAAAACAAGGGCAAGUCGGCAGAUGACUUCGAAGCUCAUUGGGCCGAUUUUGAAAAGAUGAAUAAGGACGAACUUGAGCGCUACCAACAGUUGUCGAGGGAAAAAAAACUCGGAGAAAGCUACAUCAGUAACGGCAACAGGGAAAGCCAUUCGAAAGCGAGGGAAAGGCAAGGCUAUGGCCCGUGGAGGACAGUAAGGGGGGUGGGGAAUGCUGGGAAUGCUGGGAAUGCUAGGUAUAAAUCAAGUCAUGUCGGAAAUCCGCUGCAAUCCACUAUUGUCAAGUAA